AGUGAAGGAUAGUCCAAAAGAGAAAGUUGUUGUGAAUAGAAAGGAUUAUCCAAGAGGCUUGAUAGAAACUAUCUUCAAUACUCUCCAACAGAUUGUGUCAACAGAAUAAACGAUUCUCUCGAGCCAUUUCUUUCAUAAAAGAGUCCUACUCGAGUUGAUAGAGAAACAUUGGGUCUUUUGAGCUUUCCUCUUUGGUAAUAGUAGAAAUAGCUCAAAGAUAAUAUUCUUCUUCUUUUCUGUUGAUAUUAUACCACAUAUCUAUCACCUAACUACUCUCUAUAAGUGGUCAGUCAUCUCCAUUGCUUGCAACUUUUGGAAGAUUGGAUUUCCGAUUGUUCUCAUCAAGUUGUGUUGGAUGAUUGGUGGCGUUUUAGUGAGUUAUCCGAAGAAGAGUAUUGUUGAGAAAUGUCAAUGGAUUCUGUACAAUUGUGUUUGAGUGGAGAUACUCCGCCACCAGUGCAUUUGUAACGGGCACCUUUAACGACUGGAACGACUUGAUACCAAUGUCCCGCCUACAGCAAGGCGAAGAUGAGGUGUGGAGAGCAACCAAGUCCCUUCCUGCAGGAGUCUAUCAGUAUAAGUUUAUUGUCGAUAACGUAUGGAGAUGUGCACCAGAACAACCUUGUGUAAAAGAUGAGCGAGGAAUUUUGAACAACAUUAUUCACGUAACUUUUAAAGAAUGCGACGAUAAAUAUUGCUUUUGUCAUACAAGGACCCAUGUAGCUAACUCACGAUGGACUUGUGAAGAUAGAAACUACUCUAACUUGGUGAGUACAGCCUUGUUAUCAAGGAAUACGACUGGAAUUGUGUUGCGAUAUGAAGAGUUACCUCCUUCUUCUCCAAACGAACGACCACGUUCCUAUAUGCAUAGGGUAGUGGAUGAUAAGCCUUUUGAAGUAACCGUGCUCAAUCUAGCAGAUGGCUUUCCCUCUAGCCCAUAUAGAAAUAUUUCUCGAGUUUCUUCUAUUGAUGAAAUAUCUUCACAGAAAAUAGACAGCGGUCUUAUGCUUUCCGAUUUCUCAGCUCACAAUCCUUCCAGUUCAUCCAAUUGGGAAAAUAGAACUCCUAAAAGUUCAAGAGACAUUGUGGAAGCUGCAGCGGGCAAUCCUCUUAGUAUUGCAAUAUCACUGAGAGCGAAACUAAGUCAUCCCCGUUUUGGGUUUAAUCCAAGAGAUACUCAUCCAGAUAUUAUAUUAACCGACUCGAAUUAUUGUGCUACAAAAACAAGCGCCGCUCUAUAUAGAACUUGUCGAACAACUUUUGCUUUGGCACCGGAUAUGAAUUAUUAUUUCGAAAUCUAUGUAGCCAAGCACGAAGGAAAAGGAACGUGUGUUGGUCUUUCUACAAAGGAACUGCCGUUGAAUUGUCUCUGUGGUACUCGUCCCAAUUCGGUUGGUUUUUAUACGACAGGUCAUCUCAUCCGUACUGUAGAUGGAAAACCCCAGUGGGUCAAGUAUGGAACAGAAACCGAAGCAGAUUCUAUUGUUGGUGUUUUUGUACGGUUGCAGCGUAACCAAGUAGGCAGCACAGCGUGCUUUUCGAUAUUUCUUGACGGUGUCUUACAAGAUCCAUCUUUGGGGCAUCAUCAUUAUCACUUCAAUGGAAGUUUCGAAGUAUUUCCAACGGUGACACUCUACUCACAGGGCUCCAAGGUCUAUGGACUGUUUUGUAGUGAUCACAUUCAUCAUUUUACAGUGUUGGAACAUCUUUCAGAGCCCGUAUAUGGUUUAGAUGGAAGGAAUAUUCGAAUAAGGCGUGAAAGUAGUAGUGAAAGUCUCCACAAUGAACUUUCGAUGGAUUUGCUUGAUAUAUGAUGGGGUUCCACUGUAUAUGCAGUUUGUAUAGUAGCGUUCUAGUGCACUAGUCGUCUUGUGGGAAUUUCAUACAAACAACAGAGAAAACAGCUUUUUCAGAUAGUUUGGUUCAGUCGAUCUAUGUAGACUAGAUGAGUAUAUAUUGCGAUUGGAAUGAACCUCUUAAGCUUCCAAGACUGAAAAUAUAUCGUCAAUAUCACAGUCUUGUACAUGAUGUAUGAACUUUUGUUCUUCAUUACAAGUAAACGUCAAUCUGUUCCAUAAAAUACUUUCUGUAUUUGUUUUGUUCUCUCGAGUCGACAAGGUUUUUGUAUUUCUUGGUAAAUGUUUCGAUGAUUGUCUAAGCUGCUUACCUACAGUUUUCAGUGUAUC